GCCCAGCGACGGCGGCGGCAGGCCAAAUAUAAACACAACUGCCGCCCGCCGGCCAAUCCGCUGCCCCAGAUCCGCUGGGCGCCAAGCACAAGCAAAAGCUUGGGCGUCUGCAACAAGCCCUCCAACUCUCUUUUACCUUUCCCUAGGGCAGGCCUGGCUACGGCAACCAGCGCACCAUCCAUCGCUGCGUGAACUCAACGUUGUCUUGCACUCCCUGGCUGGUCUCCAUGCAAGGGCGACAUGCGCGCUUCCGACCCUUCCGCCCGUGUGACGAGGUGCGACAUUGGCCCCGCCGCUCAUUUGUUUGUCGUUGGGUUGGUUCUCCGCAGGUCCCUGCGUGGAAGCUUGUUGGACAAACGGGUAGGCAGGGGUCUUGCCGGCUCCCGACUCAUGGUCAUGGCUGAGGACAAAGAAGCUUGGUCGGUCAGUGCUUGCUGUGUGCUGUACAUACGCCUCCAUAGCCAGCAAGUAAGGUUGGUGGGAGGCCCUUUUUUUUUUUUUUUUUUUCCCCUUCGUAUUUGCUCACACCUUGCCCUCCUACCAACUCCGCUUUGUCAUUAUAUAUACAUCCUCUAGAAAGGGAGCAUUCGGCAAUCAUAGUAAACUCUCCUUAACGUGCGAUUAAAAGAUAGGGGGAUAGUCGAAAUAAGGAGCAAUU